GAGCUGAGCCAAUGACUCUGGGCUCCCCGGCAUCUCCAAAACCAGGAGCUAGCGCUCAGUUUCUUCCUGGAUUCUUGAUGGGAGAUUUACCUGCACCAGGAACUCCUCAACCACGUGCUCUAAGCGGCCCUUCAGUUGGUGUAACGGAAAUGAGGUCUCCACUACUUGCAGGAGCGUCUCCCCCCCAGCAACGGGUAGUCCCUACGCAUAAAGAUAAAAGUGGUGCUCCGCCAGUUAGAAGUAUAUAUGAUGAAUUAUCUAGCCCUAAACUUGGAUCAACGCCUCUGACCUCAGGAAGACCAGCCAGCUUUUCUCUGACACAGAGCCCAGUGGUUGGAGCUAUGCCAUCAACUCCUGGAACAGCUUCAAGCAUGUUCAGUCCUGCGAGUAUUGGGCAGCCUAGGAAGACUCCUCUGUCUCCUGCUCAGCUAGAUCCUUUUUAUACUCAGGGUGAUUCCCUGACUUCAGAAGAUCAGCUUGAUGGUACAUGGGUGACAGUAUUUGGAUUUCCUCAAGCAUCGGCUUCCUAUAUUCUUCUACAGUUUGCUCAGUAUGGGAACAUACUAAAGCAUGUGAUGUCCAACACAGGAAACUGGAUGCAUAUUCGGUAUCAGUCCAAGCUUCAAGCCCGGAAAGCCUUAAGCAAAGACGGGAAGAUUUUUGGUGACUCUAUCAUGAUUGGUGUCAAGCCAUGUAUAGAGAAAAGUGUGAUGGAAAAUUUGGAAAGAAGCUCUACAUCCUCAGUGUCUUCAGUUUUCACUCCACCUACAAAAUCUGUCGGCACACCAGUACAACCUGUAAAUACCACUACAAGGAUUUCUACAAUGAGACCUCUUGCAACAGCAUAUAAGGCUUUCACUAGUGACUAUCAGGUGGUUGCUGACAGACAGACUCCUAGGAAAGAUGAAAGUAUUGUGUCCAAAGCACUGGAAUAUGUGUUUGGCUGGUAAUGAACAAGAGGGCGUAACACCAAGUUGCAGGGUUUGAAAUAUGCUACUGGCAUCCGUGGUUAGUUGUGUAACUACUGGUGGGAGCAUUUUAACUUGCAUCUCACCUGUUACGCCUUCAGUCAGUUCAGAAAAAAUGUAGCUUGUCCUCUAAACAAUGGCAGUGCACACACAAACUAAGUUUACAAACUGAGGAAGUGUAGAUGUAAGUGCUUUUUUCC